CAGUUUGUAGUAAUUAGUCAACAGCCAUAUAUGGAUAUAUAUAUAUAUAUAACAUAUAAUCAAAAUGUCAAGCUACUCUUCGCUAUUUUGAGUACUUUCGCUAUUCCGGAUAUAAACUAAUUUUGAGGAAAAUUCCCUACCUGCUAGAUUUAACGCUGUAUCAAUAAGUUUGCCAAUAUUGACGCAAAAGACUUAAUCCUAUGGCAAGUUAGUAUUUCUGACGAAGAUGUCAAAAAAAUGAAAAUUCUUAAUACCAAGCCUCCUUCUGAUAUUAACAUUGAAGAACUUGAGGGUAAGGUUAUGUUCUCUAGAAAAGAAAUUAAAUUUUACUUCUCUGAAGAUCCAGUCGAUGAACAUAUCCACAUAAUAAUCAUCCGGCCACAACUACCCGCCACCACUGUAGGUCCCUAUCAAGGCAUUCCACGAGUGACGUCAAUUGAAGAUGCCAUGAAAAAGAUUUUGAAGGGAAUUCAUAAACAAAUGAACGUAGACAAUGUAGACAAUAAUAAGUCCAAGUCUAUGGCUCUAAAACAACGUGACCUUAAGCAAGCUAUUGAUGUGAUUGACAGGAAUUUUUGUAAUUCCUUAGAUAAACAAGAAACUAUAAAAAAAGAAACUUCCAUAGCAAAGACAAACUAUCGAAUCCUUUUAUGCGGUGGAGCACCUGGUAUAGGAAAGACGCGUUAUGGAGUUGAAUUGUUUAAUUGUCUUGACAAAGAAUGGAAAAUAUCAAAAGGCCAAAAGCCUUACAUGCUUUACAUGCUUCUUGAUUUCUCUAAUAGCUAUGCUUUAGAUGAAUAUGAAAUCCAAGAAGAUAUGAAAAUUGCAUCAGAAAUCAUUCUUGGAUUGCGGUUGGCAUACUACUUUUUUGUCAAAAAAAAAUAU